CCUUUCUCUCCCAACCCACCACUUCUCUCUCCCCACCUCUUCCUCUCUUCAUCUUCUGCUUUUCUCUCUCCAGCCCUCUUCCAACAACUUUGCUUCCUCCCAUCGCUCUAUCACAAAUUGCUAUCCAUAUUCUAUUCUUUUACCACCAUUUCUCUCAUCUCUACACUGGCGUCUCAUCAUCUUCACCCCAAACAUACCAUACCGCAACCUAGUCGAUCAAUCCUGUCGACUGCAACCUCGACUUCAACAGCACUGAAGAGAGUUUUGGAUCUCACACAUUCGAAUCAAACACAUCCGACACCGACCGUUCACCUGGCACGAGCCCUAAGCUUUGUUGCUCUGCCCACGUGGCCAGGCAGUCGAUCCUGCAGAUGUACAUCGGAUACAGGGUGUCCAUGA